AUGGAACAACCAAUGAUAGAGGAAAAUAUUACACCACCGGUCUCACCGAUACCAAGGUUGGAUGAAACAAGCUCAAGUGAGAGGACACCACGACUAAGGAGUAUUGAAGAGAUUUAUGAGGUAAUCGAAAACAUAAAUGACAUUAACCUUUUUUUCCUUUUAGGGAACAAUUUAAACAUGUCCGAAGAGUUCAAGAAAGACAUGUCAAAUGAAUUUGAGAUGAUAGAUAUGGGUCUAAUGGCAUAUUAUCUCGACAUCAAAGUAAAGCAAGAAGACAAAGGAAUUUUUAUCAUCCAAGAAGGUUAUGCGAAGAAGUCCUUAAGAAGUUCAAGAUGGAUGAUGUCAAUCCAGUUGGCACCCGGUGGAAUGUGGCAGCAAGUUGAGAGUCGUAAGUCGCGACAUGGAAGCUCCAACAACAACUCACUUCAAGGAGGCAAAAAGAAUCCUUUGAUACAUCAAAGUGAUAGUGAUUGGAGUGGAGACUUGGAUGAUAGAAAGAGCACUAUUGAUUUUGUAUUCUUUAUGGGAGAUACUGCUUUAACUUGGAUGUCAAAGAAGCAACCUAUCAUCACACUGUCAACUUGUGAAGCUGAGUAUGUUGCCGCCACAUCAUGUGUUUGUCAUGCAGUUUGA